CUGCAGAGUGUCCAGAAAGACCUUGAUACUCGGUCUCACCAAUUAGAGGAGCUCGAGGCUGAAAGAUCCCGACUUGCCGUCAGAGAACAAGAGCUGAUGAAUGCAAUUGCUGAGUCUGACAACUUCCGCAUUCGUCAUGACCAAGCCAAGGAACGUCUCGAACGAGAAUUGGUAACCUUGAAGGGCAGACUCACAGCGUCUGAGAAUGAUAAUCGUGCCCUCCUUACCAAGAUUCAGCAAAAGAAUCUUGACAUAGCCAGGUCAACCUCAAGAGCAAGUGACAACCAACGGCUUCGUAUCACCAACCUUCAAAAGGAGAAGGCUAAGUUGGAAGAAGACAAUAAGAAGCUUACCCGUCAGCUUGGUGACCUUCACGUCUCAAUCACCUCCCUGGAGAAACAGAAGGAAAAGCUUUCUCUCAGCUUGGAGGACCUGAAUCACGAAGUCAACAGAGAGCACAAAGCCAGCCGUAACGCUGAGAAGGCCGCGUCUACAGCAGGAAUUCAGCUCGCGGAAGCCAACAGAAACCUGGAGACGGAAAGACAACUCCGCACACAGGCACAGACCAACACGCGUCAACUUCAGAACUCUCUUGAUGGUGCAAAUAAGGAGAUCGAAGAUUUGCAUCGUCAGCUGAUGCUGCUGCACAAGGUCGUGGAACCCGAGGCGGAUCCUUCUAAUUCAACGUGGGAGAAGGUACAGCCUGACCUCUCCAAAAAGAUCGACCUAGCCCAAUUACUUGAAGCCACCAGGAGCAGGCUGCAGGUAACCGAGGAGAAAUAUAGCAGGGCUGAGAGUCAAUUGGCGGAAAUGCGCCGUCGUCAUGGCGAUGAGAUGAAGGAGCUCGAUGCGCGAUAUGCGUCCUCGAAACGGGCAUUACUCGAGGAGAUCGACCAGAACCAGGUUGCCGGAAAUCAUACACCAACUCAUCUCCGAAAGAACUCCGAUAACAUUGCAAAGAAGUUUGGCACCCCCACGACUCCCAACCGGAAACUAAAUUUCAACGAAAUGGCAGACUCCGCUCGCUCCGAUAGGACCGUGGACACCGUAGGCUACCAGAAGCGGAUGGACAUGGCGGCAGAAAUCGAGGAGCUUCAAAACAAGCUUCAAAUAAGCGAAAUGCAAAACAAGCAUCUCCAGAAUCAGCUUGCUCAAGCAUCCCCAGCCCGCGAUAUUUGGCAAGAUGACUCUGUACGCCGAAUGCAGUUGCUUGAGCGUGAAAAUGGCCGUCUGCAUGAGCAGCUUGAUGAUUCAACAAGGAAGCUCUCUGCAAUGGAGAAGAGCAUCCAUACAGGAGAGCUCUCGCUCCGAGACAUCCAAGCCAAGUCCCACGAAGAGCUCUACGAUCUGAUCAACUCACAAGAGCAGUCGAGGAGAGCAUUGCUUCAGGUACAUAAGGAAACCAUGGCGGAGUUCGGUGACUCCAAGGCUCAACUGGAGAAACUCAAGCGUGCCAAGGCCACUUUGGAGGUAGAGCUACGUGACACCCGCUCCGAGUUCCAAGAGGUGCAAGAUGCACGGGAUCAGGAUGCCAUUAGCCGAAAUCAACUUCUCGAAGAGUUCUCUGAUCUUCAAAUCCGGCUUGAUGCGGAGACCUCAAAGUCCGCUGAUCUUGCGUCGAGUUUGAGUCUCUACAAGUCCCGAGCGGAUGAAUAUUUCAACAAGCUUGAGCAGGCAGAGAUCACUGUCCUCAAGGCCACUCGGGCUGAGCAGUUUGCCAAGACCCAAGCCCAAGAGGCCGAGGAUACUUGCGCUCAGAUCAUGGCCGAGCGGAAACAGAUGGACGCUCUCGUCGAAGACCUGCAACGCCAAACACAAUCUCUCGAGGCGCGAAUGGAGGAUCAGGCGGCAGAGCUACAAGCUGCCCUUCAGGCUAAGCAGCGUCUCCAAAACGAGCUUGAGGAUUACAGAAAUCAGCGUGCCAUUGACAUUGAGGACAAAGAAACCUCUAUGGAGCAGACCAGACAGAAGUAUCAGCGUGAAUUCUCAACCCUCAACAACGAGCUUGAGAUGGAGCGUGAGAAGGUGCUGAAUGUUCGCGGUGAAAAUGCCCGCCUGCGCGAGGAGCUCGAAGAUCUCCGCAGUAAGUGGGACAACGAGGUUCUGAACAGCUCAACCUGGGCGAAGGAGAAGGCCCGCAUGGACAUUAUGCUUCAGGAUGUGACGACCUCUCGUGAUGAGGCGGUAUCUGCGCACAACGAGGCUCAGAGCAAGGUCGUGUCAUUGCUAUCACAAGUCCGAACCCUGCGUACUUCGGUUGAUGACGUGACCGCAGAGCGCGACAUGCUACUUACAGAGAAGAAAACUCUGGAAACGCGCUUGGCUGAAGCCGGUGCAAGACUGGAAGACCUCGUCAAGGGAGAGAGUCCCUCCAUGCGCAAUGCCGCAAGCAUGGACCGUGAAUUACUAGAGCUGAAGUCCAAACUUGCUCAACAAGAAGAUGUUUCCGCUGCUGCUGUCGGCAAGAUGCGGCGCGCGGAGGCUCUGGUGAUGGAAAUGCAAAAGGAAGUUACUGCUGAGCGAGAGAAUAAUGCCCAACUCUUCAAAGACAAGGCUGCUCUCGAGAAGCAAUUGAAGGAAUCGCAGCUGCGUUGCGUCGACUUGGAAACCAAGAGCUACUCUUCUGGCAGCCAGGACGUACGCUUCCUGCAUAAAAGAAUCAAGGAGCUGGAAACACACCUUGAGGAGCAGGAGUCCAAGCAAAGUUCUGAACAACGCUCAUUGCGUAACGUUGACCGAACAGUGAAGGAUCUCCAGUCCCAGAUUGAGCGACGUGAUAAGAUGAAUGCACAGCUGAACGAUGACGUCACCAAGACACGCGCAAAGAUCGACCGACUCCUGCGCGACAUCGAGGAGCUGCAGCAAAGUGAAUCCGAGGCACAGCUUCAGGCGCGCCGAGCGGAACGAGAACUACGGGAAGAGCGAGAGAAGCUACUCCGGGUGGAGCGUGAACUGGAGGGCUGGAGGGGGCUCCGCGUUGAACGGGGCAGCGCAAUCGGACGGAUCGGCGCAUGGAGUGAUGCUGGAAGCAGACGGGGCAGCAGCGUGUACAACUCCGGCGACAUACCACAACGGAUGCCCAGCAACACGAAAGGCUUCUUGUAAGACUAUGACGACCUGGCAGAAUGACUCUACUACACAUCUGCCUCUUAACUAAUUCGAGACUCGGGCGCUAAAUCUUCAUCCAGGGCCUGAGCGACAACUUACGAACAUGACUUGAUUGAAGCCCAGCAUGGCUACGGAGUGUGAUUGGAUUUUGCGGCGUUUGGAUUUGGUUUCACAUGGUAUUUGAAUGAUGUGUCUGCGCACUUUGUUGAUCUUCAUAGGAACCGCUAUGCAGGUCCCUGAUGCAAUUUUUGAUGACUUCUGAUGGGAACCUACCUAUCGCAUGAUUGUAUACUUGAACGACUGCUUUUAUAUUCCUUCAGGCAGACCGCAGUAAUUGAAUAUGGC